GUAUAUAAAUGGUUGUGGUGUUGUUUCACAGAGUGCCGAACCCGAACGUGAUGACGAUGGCCACGGAAAUAACAGCUCCACUGUUGUACUCGGUGAGCGCGGCCGUGCUGGGCAUGCUCCAGUUCGGCUACAACACGGGCGUCAUCAACGCGCCGCGCGAAUUCAUCGAGACCUUCAUCAGAGACCAGUACCAGACGGAUGAGACCCGCAGCUCCUUUCUGUUCAGCAUCAUUGUUUCCAUCUUUGCCGUGGGAGGCAUGAUCGGUUGUCCGCUCGCCAGUUGGAUUGCGGAGAAAUAUGGACGCAAAAAUGCUCUCCUCAUGAAUGCAGCAUUUGGUGUCAUCGCGGCCGCUUUAAUGGCCUUCAGCAAGCUCGCAGGCUCCGUGGAAAUGAUACUUAUCGGUAGAUUCCUUAUCGGAAUCAACUGCGGUUUUGCCACGACUGUCUCUCCUACUUACGUAUCUGAAGUGGCCCCAUUAAAUCUACGAGGGGCUUUUGGUACAGUCAAUCAAUUGGCAGUCGCUUUCGGCUUAAUCUUCUCACAAAUUCUAGGAAUAGAUGCUAUAUUAGGGAGUGAUGAAGGUUGGCCGUGGCUUUUCGGCAUUGCAUUGAUUCCUUCAGGUCUUCAAUGCGUGAUGGUACCUUUCACUGCUGAAUCGCCGAGGUUCCUUUUGCUCACAACUCGUGAUGAAGAAAAAGCGAAGGCGGCACUCAUUAAAAUUAGAGGCCACUCAAACAUUGAAAACGAGAUUAACGACAUGAACGCGGAAGACAAAGCCGAGAAACAAGAAAAAAAGUUUACCGCUUGGGAUCUAAUAAGCCACCGGUCCCUGCGUACUCCGCUCAUAAUCGGUAUAGUUAUGCAUUUAUCACAGCAGUGGGGAGGUAUCAAUGCUGUUUUGUAUUAUUCUUCCACUAUUUUCGAAGGCGCCGGUCUUAAGGCUGAUGAGGCCCGCUUGGCUUCCAUCGGCGUCGGCAGUAUGUUAUUCAUCAUGGCGCUGGUGUCAAUUCCGUUGAUGGACCGUCUGGGACGGCGCACGCUGCAGCUCGGCGGUCUUGCCGGUAUGACCUUGUUUUCGGUCCUAAUGACGGUAGCGUUCUUUACUUAUGAAGAUAACCAAACCAUGAGCAUAUUCGCUGUUAUCUUCACGCUGUUGUACGUAGCGUCCUUCGGCGUGGGGCCGAGCUCGAUCCCGUGGAUGAUCUUGUCGGAGCUGUUCGGGCAGUCCGCCCGCAGCGCCGCAGUAAGCAUCGGCGCGCUCGUCAACUGGUUCGCCAACUUCAUCGUCGGCAUAACGUUUAUCCCGAUGAAGGAUGCACUAGGAAAUUAUUUAUUUUUGCCGUAUACAGGUUUCCUCAUAUUCUUCUUUAUAUUCACGUAUUUCAAGUUGCCCGAAACGAAGAAUAAAAGUAUCGAGGAAGUAACGGCUCUAUUCACUUAAAAGUACCUAUAGGUAGUAGUAUAGGUAGGAUAUAGGUAGUUUAGUUGUAAUGAGGAAACACUUAGCUUGUACCUAGAAUCUAGAUUAUGACUACUAGCUAGUGCCUUUUGAAUCUUAAUGUUGGCCAAAUUUAUAUUUAGUAUUGCGUGCAUGCUUUUAAUAAUUUAUUUGAAAUUUUUAUUUUUUGGAAUGUUUUAAUGAAUUGUUUAUAAUAAUCAAAAUAUGUUAAAUGGAAUGCUUGGAAAAAUAAUUUAAUGGACUAGUUUGGAAACAAUCAAAUUAUUUUAUUUGUUGGCGCAACAUAAGUACCAGCGAAGACCAGUUGACGACACAUGACGUCACGUCACACACAUACGUCAAGGCUCCCCGUUCCGCGUACCUACCUAUACAUUUAGAUUUUAGACUGCACCGUACAGCCGAAGCGGCUUCACAUAUUAAUUAUUUAUAUAGAUUUAUCGAGUACCUAAACGUAAGUUGUACCUAUUAGUUAUUAUGUUAAUUAAAAGAAGAUUAGUACUAUACUGGAGUUCCUUCAUUCUUCAUCGGAAGAGCUUAAUUGAGGAGUACAUCGAACAUUUAGGCUAAAUAACUCCUAGCUUUUUUUUGUUAAUAUUUUGAUUUGUGUUUUUUAAGUACACUGGAGGGCGUCGUCACUUUUUCUUUAAUAAUUAUAUGACAUCUAUUACAGUUUUUAAAUAAUUUAAUGUUAAAUAAUGAUAAAUUUUUGUAAACUUAAAUGAAUUGAAUAAGAGACAGAGGCUACUAAAAAUAAUAAUUAACAUGAUUUUUUUUAAAUACAAUGAAACUUAAAUGGAAUUAAUUACAAAAUGUAGGUAUAUACUAGGUAAAGAGAUUUUUGCAUGCAAGU